AUGACACAAGCAUUCCCUACAUACCAUAUGAAUGCCUUUAAACCUCCUAAAAGGUUAUCUAAGGAGAUAGAAGCUUUAAUGAGCAGAUUCUGGUGGGGUUUUAAACAAAAUGACAGAAGGAUCCAGUAUAAGAGCUGGACAAAAUUGGGGAUGGCAAAGUCUGAUGGAGGCCUAGGAUUUAGAGAGCUCGAAAGUUUCAACCAAGCUCUACUUGCUAAACAACGUUGGAAAGUGCUUACCACACCUUGUUCAGUUGCAGCAAAGGUUGAUAGUAGUAGGGAGAGAAAUGGCAUGACAGUGAAAAGAGGAGAGGCUAGUUGGAAGAUGCCAGAAGCUGGUUUUGUAAUUGGAGCCUCCAUGGGAGGCUACCCUGUUUGGAGUUGCCUGAAAUACAUACCACACAGGUUGUUGGGAGCUUCCCUCCUUUCUCCUUUUGUGCACUACUGGUGGCCAUCUGUACCUUCCAAUCUUUCAAGAAAGGCAUUUGGGAGCUUGCGUCCAUCGUACCAAUGGACAUUUCGAAUUGCACACUACACUCCGUGGUUAUUCCAUUGGUGGAUGACUCAGAAAUGGUUCCCUACGUUGAGCACGGAGGGUGCAGCAAUGUUCAAUGACCACGAUAUUGAGAUCUUGAAAAGGUUGUUAGAAGCCCCAAGCAAUGGCCAGGAAAAGAUAACGCAGCAAGGGGAAUAUGAAUCGUUGCAACGAGACAUAAUAGCUGGCUAUGGAAAAUGCGAAUUUGAUCCUACUGACAUAACCAAUCCAUUCCCUAAAAAUGAGGUCUCCGUUCACAUUUGGCAAGCCAAUGGAGACAGGGUCAUUCUCUUUCAGAUUAACAGUUAUCUUUCAGAGAAGCUUCCAUGGAUUCAUUAUCACGAGGUUCUUGAAGGAGGGCAUCUAAUUUUCUUCAGGAGCGAUAUAUGUGAGGCCGUUAUAAGAUCACUUUUGCUUGGAUGAAGUGAAACCAUUGAUGUUCAGCACUUAGAUCUUGCUUUAAUGCUGCUAUGGUGGUAAUGUAAAUGGAGAAAUUUUCUUCUUGUGGAGUCAUGUUAAUA